AAUCAGAUCAGAGGCGUGCCUCGUAACCAGGAAGUGUGUGCUCGUGGUGACACAGGGAAGCGGCCGGAGACGGAGAGGGGGUCACCAUGAGCUCCCCGUGUAAACAGCCCCAUGGCCACAGCCACCAGCAUGGCCACAGCCACCACGGGGGCCAACAUGGUGGGCCCAGGGAGGACCAGGAGGCAUUGAACCCACCGGUGCUGGAGGACUACAGCAACUGGGAUAUUGUGAAAGCCACACAGCACGGCCUGUUGGAUCGUUGCAGAGAGCUCGUAGAGGCCGACUAUGACGUCCGGCAACCGGACGGUGAAAACGUGACUCUCCUUCACUGGGCGGCCAUUAACAACAGACUGGAGCUCGUCAAGUAUUUUAUCUCCAAGGGGGCUGUGGUGGAUCAGCUGGGAGGCACAUUGAAUUCAACUCCUCUCCACUGGGCUGUCAGACAGGGGCACCUGCAGGCUGUCAUUUUACUGAUCAAGUACGGAGCUGAUCCGUCUCUGAUUGAUGGCGAAGGUUAUAACUCCGUUCACCUGGCCGUCCUAUUCCAGCACCUACCCAUCAUCGCCUACCUGAUUGCAAAGGGGCUGAACAUCGAUUCUUCUGAUAUGAACGGAAUGACCCCACUCAUGCUGUCUGCACAGAAAGUUAUUGGGAUGGAGCCGACUAGCUUUCUGUUAAAGAUGAAUCCAUCCGUCAACCUUGCAGACAAAGUCCAUCGGAACACGGCGCUUCACUGGGCCGUCUCAUCUGGCAACGUAAAUGCAGUGGACCUCCUCCUGGAAGCGGGCGCGAGCAUGGAUAUUACAAAUGAAAAGGGAGAAACUCCCCUUGACCUUGCCCGGCAAACCAGGAAUCGCCUCAUUCUCCAUAUUCUGACGGGAGAGGCCAGUGCCAGGGCCAGCCGAAACUCCAGAACCCUAAAGGCUUUGCAGAAGUACGAGAUGUUAUUUGUAGGCCUGAUCUGUCUGUCUCUUCUGGGAGGUGUUGGAUACAUCCUGAACAUGAAAACCGACUCCUGGCUUUUAAAAGGGACGCUUUUUGCUCUGGUGACAAUCGGAUCUCAGUUUUUUACCAGGCGAUUUGUAGGACACAACACUCAGAAGCACCUGCCCCCAAUUUUCUUCAUCAGCUCUGUUUUUUGGAUGUUCAUGACGUGGUUUAUCUGUUUUCUGCCUGAUUUGGCACAAGCGACUGUCCAGAUCCCUUUUGUGAUCAGUAUGUUCCUCCUCUUGUAUUAUUUCUACAAGACGUGGAGGACGGACCCCGGGUACAUCAAAUCCACGGAGGAGGAAAAGAGACAGACAAUCAUCACCCUGGCUGAAGCUGGCUGUCUGGAUGCAAGACUCUUCUGCACUUCCUGUCUGGAAAAGAAACCACUGAGGUCAAUGCACUGCCACUCCUGCAAUUCCUGUGUGGCCAAGUAUGACCAGCAUUGUAUAUGGACCGGACACUGUAUAGGUGCUGGUAACCACCAUUACUUUGUCCUCUUCCUCUGUGCCAUGAUGUUCGUGGGCCACUGGAUGAUCUACGCCUCCUCUAUAUUUUGGGUCAGUCAGUGCUCCACCAGCAUACGGAAGGACGGCGUCUGGGGAUUCCUGUCGGAGAUCGUGACCUGCUCCCCUUGGGUCCUGUAUAUCUUCCUCCUCGUCUCCUCCCUCACUGUGUGGGCAACGCUCAUGUUUCUAAUGCAGAUCUAUCAGAUUGCGUUUCUUGGUCUGACAACUCAAGAAAGAUUCAGCUUCCAGAUGCAGAAUAGAUUCAGCAAACACAAAGUGUCAAUGCGGAGAUCUCCUUUUAACCAUGGCUGUAUCCAGAACCUCGCAGACUUCUUCCAGUGUCAGUGCUUCGGAAUGAUAAAAGUGACCCCCGUGGACUGGACCAAGCAAUUUCACAGCAUUUUCCACCCGUCCAAGAUGAGGAACCCCCAGCACGUUUAGACGCCAACAGCUGCAACGGCGGCCCCAAGCUUUUACUUCUAGUUCCUUGAACAAACUGGUGCCUUACCUAAGAACUUUCUGAGGAGCAUUUAAACAUUAAGAUGCCCCUCAACACUCAUCUUUCUGUACAGAGGAAGCAGAAGUGCCCGCUGUCUGGGAACACCAAGUGGAGUUUUUGUCCUGAACCUUUCAGCUCUUUGAGUACCAGGUGAAUGGAAGAGCAAGAAAGCCGGACACACUCCAAUGACAUCAGCAAC